AAUAUGAACGUUUGAAAUAAUCAUUGAAAUUAGUGAUUAAUUUUGUUCAAAUAAACAAAAUGAUUAUAUCAGAUGGGAUUAAUCAUACUAAAUUACAGUCAAUAAUAGUUGGUGAACUGAAGAAAGCUGGUUUAAAGCAUAGGCUAAAGAAAAUCAUAUUGAAAAAUGUUAAGGAUCACAAAACGGUAUUCGGAGCUCCUUUGGCAAAAGUGCCAUCGGGCAGUGUUAUUUGCUGUGGGAGUAAUUUGUGUGUACCGCUAGUGGUUAACGAAAUGUCAGCAGUUCUUCGUACUAACGCCCACAUCGAGGGCCUAUUUCGUAAAGCGGGGUCUCAAACUCGCCAAAAGGAUAUAAAGCGACUCUUAGAUGCCGGUGGGUGUGUAUCAGAAGGACAUCAUCCUGUUGAUGUGGCGAGCGUACUGAAGCUCUACCUGCGAUGUUUACCAGAACCACUAAUCAGUGCAGAAGUGCAGGACUUACUCCUACGCUGCAGGGUCACUGCUGGUGAUGAUGCCUUGAAACCGCUCCUGCACACAUUGCUGCUGUUACCUGUAUUACAUAUUCACCUGCUGCAUUACAUUAUGGAGCUGCUCAACUAUAUUGCAUCAAGGCACAAAGAGAACUUGAUGGAUUCUUCGAACCUGGCAAUAGUGCUGGCUCCUAGCAUCAUGCCUUUACCUGCUGCCUCGUCUGCUCAGAGAUUGGAGCACCAUGUUGCUUUAGUCAAGAUAUUUAUAGAAAAUUCUCAACAUAUUGGUCUUUUGACUGAUGACCUUAUGUCACAGUUAGAUGACGACACAGAAGCGCAUUUAGCAAGAAGAAAGAAGAGACGAAGUGGGUCCCUUAAUCGCAUGUUAAGUGGACUGCGUAAGAUGGUGUCCGGAGGAGUGAAUACACCAGCUACUGUGUGCGAGAAUGGGAAGACUCCUAUAUUGAGCAAGUCAGCGUCCAAACGGAAGUUUGAUAGCUAUGAGGGACUUUCAGCUAAAACCAAAAAAGAGAUAAAGAAGAAUCUCCCUCAGAAAGAACUAUCGUUUACUCCAAUGAAAAUGGGCAUCACCGAAAGGAAGAGAAUAAGGCUGAGUUUAAUGGAUGCAAGAAGCACCCCAAUAAUGAAUUCCGAUAUGAAAAAUUCCGAAACAAGUGCCAGCAGUGAAGACCUGCUCACUUCCUCUGAACGUUUGUUCAGUGCUCACGACACUAUCGACCUUUCACCAGACCAGAAGCCUGACAAAGACUAUGUCAGAAUAUCUAAACAGGAAUAUGAAGAAAUCAAAAGUCGAGUAUCCGCCAUAGAAAAUAGACUGUCUAGAGAAUUCACCGAUGUCAUACCUAGAGUUGAGCCGUUGCAACAAGUACAGAGUGUCUACGAGCAAACUUUGGAGGAAGUGGCGAUGCUUAACUGCCCAACGUCAGAUCAUUUAGCGAGACGUUUAAGUAAGGAAUUAAAAAUACGACCUAAUGAACAGGCAAAGGUAAUAAGAUCUCCGAGCGCCCGGAAAAUCGGCUCUAUACGACGCCGAUCUAAAGAGAACAUUCCAAAAAUUGUUAGGCAUAAGUCGUGGAACGCUUCUGUGGCGUCACAAGUUAGUCAAAACGCAGAUAGAUUUUAUCCUUACGUGGGACUGAUUCGUCGGGAUCGUACCAGUACGGCCAAACCAGACUUAGCUGCACCAAAGACACCGAAGUCUAACGAGAGCAAUGCCUCACUAUCAGACAAAUCGCUCACUGAUUCUAGUCAAAAGUAUCAGUUGCGUAAACGAAUCAGCCUCAACUCUGAUUAUAAUUUAGAUAAAUCAUUUAACAGAGGUCCAACGCGCAGAUCUCUGAACGUUACUAUUAAUAGCUGGGACGCAACAGCGUCAGACAACUCUACAAAUAAUACUCUGAAUUCAACGGAAAAAUCGAAUACCUCAAUGAAUCAAUCGGGCGUUUACCAAAAUGUUACUACGCGAAAUUUAAAAAAAAUCACAAAGAGCCCUUCUAAUUCACAACAGAAGUGGCGGAGUGCCGCAGCUUUCUUUAUGGACAAGACAGGCGAGAUGGACAGCACAGGUCUCUCUGGGAGGCCUUCAGUUAAUAAACUGAGGAAACAGAAUGCAGGUGCAGUUUUGGCCAAGGCCAAACUUUUUGAAUCUGGAUCUGAUAAGUCAUCAGGACGGAGCGAUAAAAGCUCGCAUUCUGGCUUUGCAAGGAGACCUCGGGUCAAUGUUAACCAAUUGAAUAAGCAGCCGAAGCUAAUAGCUCAUGUGAAACCAAAAGUUCAAUCGAGUGUAACUGAAAACUCUGCUCCUGGCAUACCUGUUCGAACUCACCGAAAUGUAGAUGUUCCUCCAAACGUGCCUCCGAAAUCUCACCGCCAAUAUGGGACCCAAAGUAAAGAUACAGUUGAUACUUUUCAUUUGUGUAGAAAGACUACACCCCCUUUCAGAAAAGUAUCCCCACAACCUUUACCUGUAAAAACUACUCCUUUUAUGACCCCUGCCUUGAGGAAGCCUCUCUGUACACCAAGAAGUUUACGGACACCUACAUGUUCCAGUGAUCUCAAGAAAGCGAAUACCCCCCUCAAAGCGAUACACAUAUCGCCUAGAAGACGGUCUCCGCGUCAAAAACUGUUGCGAGCGUACACUCAACAAGCUAACUGAUCAAAGUUUUACAUUUAUUUUUAUUCAUUUAGGUCAUUAAUC